AAAACGUCAAUCAGUGCAACUAAACUACGGAUUCCAGCGUAACUCACGCCAACAGGUCACUAAGAAGAUACUCAAUGGGUUGAAAACGACAGUUUCUAUGUAUUGUACAUGUGUUUUGCCACUGUAGCUUGUUCCUUUUUUAAUCAGUUUUAGUGUGUUUUUAAACUGUUUUUGUUUCGUUCUGCUACUGGAACAGCUGCGCCGGUGUACGGUGAGGGAGCUGGCCAGGAAAUAAUUUAUAAAAAAGGACGUGUAUAUUAUUACAGCACAAAAGUGGUAAUUAGCUUAAUCCUUACACCCUAUGUUUAGUUAAAAAAAAAGAUUAUAUCGUGGUCAUACACAUAUUUAAAUCAAAUUAAAGACAAAAAAAAAAAAAGUAAUACAUAACUUAAUACCGUAUGCGAUUACUAUGAACGCACAUUUAUUAUUGUAUUCAAUUAAGUAAUGCAAUCGUAAAUUACCAUGUCAUACAUUUGUUAUUCAUAAUUAGUUUCGAAUUAUAUGUUUUAGCCUAAAUCUUAAAGUAAAUUUAAAUGUCGCGGGCAAAGAUGACGCGCAUCAUUUUGCAUCACAGCUGAAAGGAGAAGAAUGCUCAUCUCACAGCAACCAGAUUGCAUGCAGGGUGGGUUGCCUAGGUAACAGACUCUGUAAAUUGAGCUGCUGCUGUGUUGCUGAUAGAAAAUUCCUGCUGCUGCUACUAGGUAAACUUAACGUACAAAGAUGAGAGGGAACGAUCGGGGUCAUGACAACAAACGAACGUCGAAAUAAGUAAUGAUCAUGCCUGACAUCAUUAGCCUUAUCCGAUUUGCUUGUUUAUUUUUGGAGUGGAAAAGACGACUGAGUUGAGGCACAGUUCACAACUCCGUGAAACUGACAUUGGUCAGAUCUGGACAAUUAUGUUUGACGUUUACAACAGUCUAAACGGCAAUAAUUAACAAUGAAAAAGCUAUUCAGCUUUGGGAAGAAAAAGAAAGGAUUUUCUCCCAAUACUUCUGACACUGGGAGUGUGGUGUCUGCUGGAUAUGAGCUUAAGGAAAAAGAUCUAGGAAAGCUACACAAAGCUGCUUCUACAGGGGAUCUUUCCAAGCUGAAACAGCUUGCAAAGAAACACGACCUUAGCCAGCUGGACAAAGAAAACAGAACGCCUUUACAUCUUGCCUGUGCUCAUGGGCAUGUUGAUGUUGUACAUUUUCUGACGGAAAGCAAGGCCAAACUAAACCUCUGUGAUAAUGACAACCGUUCCCCGUUAAUGAAGGCAGUACAGUGCCAACAGGAACACUGUGCUGUUACCCUUCUGGAACAUGAUGCUGAUCCAAACCUUGUGGAUAUCAAUGGAAAUACUGCCCUACAUCUCGCUGCCCUCAUCCCUGCCAUCUCUAUGGCCAUUCAGUUGCUGGAUCAUGAUGCACGUAUAAAUGCUACAAACAAGGAAGGCUGUACCCCCCUGAUUUUGGCUGCUACAGAAAAUCAUCAGGAGAUGGUUGAGUAUUUAUUGAAAGAAGGAGCUGAUGUAGAUGCAAAAGACAAAUCAAAACGGACAUCAUUGAUGAUUGCUGCGAGUAAUGGCCAGAUUAGUUUGGUUCGGUUGCUCUUGCGGUACGAUGCAGAUAUUUCUAUAAAGGAUGAUAAUGGUUGGACAGCUGAUGACUAUGCGGUUAUGAAUGGACACCAUGCUUGUUCACAUCUAAUAAUUGAGCAUGGAACAAAAAAAAGACCACCCCAGUCCCCUCAUGGUACGAGUAAAGUGAAGGGUGCAUCUGUGUUCAGCAGUCCAAUCCGUGGCACUGAGUCAGGUUUUGCUGUGGGUGGACCAGCUACAGAUAAAGAAGAAUUGCAACAGUCUCCAAAGCACCAGUCAGGAGCAGGUGAUUCAGGGAAAGUUGGAGACAAUGUUUCACCAGACGAAUCCAUUAGUAGGGUAUCAGAGAAGGAUGGGGCAGGAGACUCCUGGCCUUCAUCAGAUGAAGGUGAAGAAUUGGAUUUUAGCCCAAAGAAAAUACAAAAGCCAAGCUUGACAAAGCUAAUGAAUGCCUCCCAGAAGAGCAAGAAUAAUGGGACAGUGUGUGAUGAACCUGGAGUUUUAGAAAAGGCCACAACAAGCAGGCAGAGUAGUGCUGAGCAGGAAGAAAAUGAAAGUGAGAAUGAAGAGGAGGAUGAGGACGAUGAAGACGAAGAGGAGGAUGAGGAAGAAGAAGGUGAUGAGGAUGAAGACGAGGAGGAUUUAGAAGAUGAGGAAGAAGAUGAAGAGGAGGAAGCAAGUGAAGAAGAUGACGGAGGCGUAGCAAGUCUUGAGCAUGAAAAUCAUGAAAGGACCGAAAUAACCGUGGCUAAUCUCUGCAGUGUAGUAGGUGAAACUGUUCAAGGACAAGAGACAAUUUCAAGAGGCUUGGAUCAAACUGCUGCUAUAGGCACAUCUGUUGCAAAAGGUGAAGUGUCUGCAGGAGAAGUAGUAGCAGGAAGAGAUGUUUCAGUAAAUGAACGUGGUGCAGCAGAUGAAGUAACUGGUGGAGACCAACUUGUUGCAGAUGAAGAAUCUUCAGAAGAUCAAGAUAUUGAAGUAAAUGAAGUAGUUCACAGUGCUGUUGUGGGUCAUGAAAGCUUGUCAUGUCAUAAUGAUGAUGGAAAUGCUGAGAGCCCUGACAGGGUGAGUGCUUUAGCUGAUUCAUGGGACUCUGAAGAAGACAACUUUAAAGAUGAACACCCGGAGCCUAAAGCUGAUUGGCAGAAAAUGGAGGAGACUAAUGAUGUCCCUGUUUCAUUAAUUAUUGGGCACUAUGAGGGCGCAUUUGAUUUAACCACUGCAAAUUCUUGGAAUGAGAUGGAAGGAAAAAACUGUAAAGCACAAGUGUCCAAAAUAGAUGAUCAAACUGAAAACAUUGCUUGUGAAGAGAACAGUAGAAAUGAGGAGGAAGUGAGUCAAAAUUCUGAUCUGGAAAUCCAAGAUAUUCAAAGCGGAGUUUGCAGCAGCUCUGUUAUGGGCCAUCAUAAACAUGAGGAAGACAAUAAGGAAAGUGGGGAAGAAUCUGAAGCAAGUGUACAGGAGAUGAAAAUGGAGGUUACAGACAUAAUUGAAGACUCGGGGGCAAAUAUUAUGAACAGUGGAAAGGAUAGCAAUGACAAGGAAGAAGUGGCAUUAAAACCAAGUCCAUCUGACAAUGAAGAGGAUUCCUGGGACACUGACCAAGAAAUCCAGAACUGUAGUGAAAAGCUAGUUCAACAUAAGGAUAGGGAAGGGGAUGAUUUUAAAUCUUGUCAAGAAAAAAGUGACUUGUCGCAUGGCAGUAGAAAAUGGGAUGAGGGUGCCUAUUCAAACACAAAUGAUGUGAAUAAAAGUUUAGAAAAGGGUUCUAAUGAAAAUGAAGGCCCUGAAAUAAUAAUUUGGGAUGAAGACAAACAACACCAGAGUGUAACAAAGCAGGGAAGUAACCAAGACAGAAAAGAUGCUGGUGACGAUCUCCUAGAUUAUAGCUGUGAAGAGAAAGGGAAUCUGAUGAUACACUUACAACAAAAUCAUUCAAUUCAAGACAUUGAAAAGGGCUCAGAAUCAGAUAUUAGCUGGGGUGAACGUUCAGGUCGACCCCAAGAACCAGAGGUUUUUGAUGUAAACAUGACUUCUCACCCUGAGCCACUGCAGAUGGACCAGGAAAACCGGGUGGUCAGAACUACAGAAAAAGAUCGAAGUAAAGAUUUUAAACUGUUAAAACCGGCCGCUGAAAUGGAGGAGUAUUCAGAAGAGGAGGAUGAAGAGGAAGAAGAGGAGGAAUAUGAAGAUCUUCAUAUUUCUGGGAACAUUCUAAAAGAAUCUGGCACAGUCGACAGUGCUGUUCCACAGAAUGAUUUAGAUGAAAAGGGAAGCCCUGAAAAAAAUCUAAAAAGAGAUUUUUUGUCUGAAUUGGGGCUGGAAGCAGCCGAGGAGGAUGAAGACUCUCUAUGGGACUCGGAGUCUGCUUCUGAUAGUCCAAGGAAACAACAGAGUGGGGCUUUAAACCCUGCAGCUAAGGCACAAACAGUGAUGCACAGUAUUUCUGAAGAGAAGAAUGAAGACAUAUUUUACAUACCUUCUUUCUUAAGAGGAUCAAGAGACUAUAGGAUGGCUGAGCUAGAGGAUUCAAGGAGUGUAGGCAGGCCAGUGAGCCGAUUGAGAUUGGAUUUAGGAGGAAAUGAUACAGAAAAGCAGAAAGAUGUUUUGAAGACACCUUUAAAAAUCAAAGAGACUGUUUUUUCCAAUCUAGCUGUAUCCAAAGAGACAAGAGAAAAGCAGAAGACAGACUUCAUGGAGGAACUUGGUUUGGAUGAUGCAGAUGAUAUUGAAGAACAUGAGAAAUUGUCUAAAGAUGCUUCAGACUGGGACUCUGCUAGCAUUGCAAGUAGAAAUCUGCCUGGCUGUAAAAUCCCGUUGCCAGUCCAUGAUGAAAUAAGUGCAAAACUGUCAGAACCAGAGUUAUCCACACCACAAAGGAAGACCCCAAAUGUAGUACAGUGUGCCAAAGCAGAUCAGAAAACCAGUGCUGAAAAGAGCCUGUCUCCCUCAAACUCUCCUCCACUGCCAAAAGCAAGAUCCUUGCAUUCUCUGACACCACCACAACCGCAACCACGUUCUAAGUUAUUAGCUGUAAAAGCAGAGAGCAGAGAAGAUUCAGAUUGGGUUUCAGAAGAUGAUGAUGUUCCAUCUGGUACAGAACAGUCUGGGACAGUUCUGAAACUGUCAGUACAGAACUUUGCUACCAGUAAGCCAGAACCUACUGAUGAAGAGUUGUCCUCAGAAGAAGACGACGACCGUGAAAACAGUGCUCACCUAAAAAAAAAAGUUAAACAGUCUUUUUCUAUGUGUCUACCAAUGCUGCUGAAGGACAAAGAACGCUUAGAAACCCCCUUGACAGUGCUAAUUAACACAACUCAUGACGGGGAAGACCAGGCAGAUAACCUACUCGGAGAGCAGAACCAAGAAGGCAGUGAAAAUCAAACCACAGUUUAUCUAUCUGCAGCCAGCUCUGCCGUCCCAUGGGAGGAGCGAUAUGAAAAAAUCUGGGUAGAAAACGAAAAAAGAGAAGUAAAAUCCCAUUACAAGGAUGUGGCAGCUGAGCUGAAGAAGAAGUUUGGAGAGAUAUGUCUGAAACAAUCCAGCGAGCCAAGUUCCAUAUCAACGCAUUUAAGAGUAGAUCUUAAUAAUGAAGAUGAUUCUAGUGAUGAAGAUGAGAUUGUAUACCAGAUGGCAAAGACCCAAAGUGGAAUACUGCAACCGAUUCCAGAACAAAAGGAAUCCAGUUUAGAAGACUCUAUUACAGAACCCUCUAAGCCAGAACUGAAAGGUAGUAAAAUACCAGAUAAAGCAGUAAACUCAAACAAACAAGCUGAACAUCCCUCGAAAGAAGAUGACAAUGAAAUACAACCACCAGUACAAAAAAGAGAAAACGAUAUUGCUGGCUAUGACACAGAUCUGGACUCUGAUUCUGAGCAAAGUGCUGAAGAAAAAACAAAAUGCAACAUUGAUGGAAGUGGAAGUUCGGUUGAAAACAAUACAAACCCUGACCAUAGUAAAAAUUCCAAGGAAGAAGAUGAUGACAACAAAUACCAAGAUUUUGUGAAUGCUGGUCAGAAGAACACUCCAUUAUCUGAAGAUGAUUUUGAAUUGAUCCCCACCUCUCAACCCGUUUGUGCACCAGCUUCUAAAUACCCAUCAGAUGAAGAGCUUGAGGGAGAUAUGCAGAGGUUUAAGAAUGAGGUAGGGAUGCUGAAGGUUGUAUUCCUGGCUUUGGAGAAAGAAAAAGCACAGCUACAGAAAGAGGUUGAAGGAGAAAAGAAAAAGAAACUACUGGGAAUGCAAAGAUCGAAUCAAAUUAAAGGUUUAGCGGGACCUAUAAAUGUAAACAGACAAACUGGGAAUGUAACAGAGAAGAUAAUACAGCAUGAAGCCACCCAAAGACUACAGCCUAAAGGAAUGCAAGGUUCUGAAAAAGUGGACACUUGUAAUCAAAAGGACCAAAAGCAGCUCAACAACCCAAGGAGUAAUAUUAAACAAAGAGCAAAUGCAACACAUGCUAAAAGAGCUGACCUUGUCUCGGAUGAGGAGGAUGUAGAUAAUAAACGGAUUUCAAAACUGAACACAGCUGGCAGACAGUCACAGCAAGCUACCUUUGUUAAUGGAGAUCAGCUUUCUGUAUUUGAUGAUAGUACUUUAAGUGAGAUGUCAGAAGAUGGAGGAAGGCCAACAAUACCCCACAAUUGGAAAAGCAAGAGCAAUAAGCAAAUGGAAACUGCAGGUGACUUUGAUGACUUCACCCAGUCCUCUGACACUGCUACAGACAGCAUGGAAUCACCUACCUUAGGAUACAGAAAUGCGUCUUUGUUAAUUAAACAGCUGGAAACUGGUACAAUAGAUUCUGUAACUUUGAUCAAAAUUCAGAACAUGUUCUAUGACUAUGAGCGCACCAUUGAGAGAGAGAAAGGGCGCUAUAGUCUACUGUCAGAUAAAAUCGCUCAGCAUGUAAACGAGAGAAAAGAACUACAAAAGGCACUGGAGGAUAUCCAGGAAGUGAAAUCCACCCUGGAACACCAGCAGGUGGAAUGGGAGACUGAUCUUAACAACCAAAAGUUUAUUCUGAAACAGGAGCAGGAGAAGCAUAAGAAUGCUGAAAUGCUGUAUGAGAAGAGCAGAGAGCAGCUGCGAAAGAAAGAGGAGCAGUUCCGCAAAGAGGUGGAGGCAAAACAGCAGCUGGAGCUCACCUUGAGGAACCUGGAGAUGGAGAUGAGAGCCUUGAUUAGUAACAUGAAGCAGCUUGAAGAUGAGCGGAACGAACUGCAACGCUUGUUGUCUCAGGAACGCAGUGCCAGGGCUCUGCAGGAAGGAAUACUAAACAACCACCUUCAUAGACAAAAGGAAAUUGAAGAGGAAAACAAAAAGACUGUCUCAAAAAACACAGAGGUAUUUUCCCAGCUCUCUGAAGUGAGUGACAGAGAAAAGGAUCUGCUUCAGCAGAACCGCAGUCUUCAGGAUGAGAUAUCUGUGUUGAAGCUGGAGCUGGAUCGGGUUCGAGCCCGUAGCCAGGAAGAGGAGGGACGGUACCUUGAGGAGAAUGAGGCUCUGAAAGAAAAAAUGGAAGAUCUGAAACGAGAUCUAAAACUAAACGAAGAAGCCCUGGCACAGACUGUCUUGCAGUACAGUGGACAGCUGAAUGCUCUGAAGACAGAAAGCACCAUGAUGACCUCCAAGAUGGAGCAGGAGAAGCAAAAUAAAGACAAGCUAGAGACAGAUGUGGAGUCUUUGCGUGCACGACUGACCUCGGCACUCCAGGAGCUUGAGCGCAGUCAGUCUGGCAAAGUGGAUGCAGAGCGAACCUUCCAGCGAGAGCGAGAUGAGUGGCUCCGCCUGCAAGAAAAGCACACUCACGAGACCACAAGCCUGCGGGAUUCCAUUAACAGCUUGUCACAACAGCUCAGCAAAGCGGAAGCGAAGGCUAACUCUCUGGAGAAUGAGUGUCACCGUGCCACACUGUCCCACACAGAGAAAUCGCUCAUGUUAGAAAGCAUGCAGCGCGAGCGAGAGCAAGCCCAGUCUCGUCUGAAGGAGCUGGAGGGCUUACUGCAGGCUGAGAAGGAACAGGCGAGCAAGUCCUCAGUUCGACAGGAAUCCAUGCAAGAAAGGAUGGCCCAGGCUCAGAGUGAAAACAUAAUACUGCGUCAGCAACUAGAAGAGUCGCAGAACAAGGGAAUCAUCAAGGAGAGGGCAGUGAGCGACGUACAGGACCGCUUCAGUGACAUCAUAACAAACCUCCGGGCAGACAGCGAAGGGAGGGUGCAGAUUGUGGAAGAGAGGAACAAGGAACUUAUGGCCAAAAACAUUGAACUCAGGGAGCAGGUCUACAGGCACCAGAACGAAAAAGCAGAGAGAGAGUUCAUCACAGAGCACGAGUCGUCCUUCGAUCACAAGAUUAUAAUACAAAGUGUACCACUUCACUACCAGGCUGCUUUAAGGCAACUACAACAGGAACUUGCUGAUGCUCUAAAGAAAUUGUCCAUGUCUGAGGCAUCACUGGAGGUCAACACUCGCUAUCGCAAUGAUCUUGAGGCAGAAAAAAUUCGGUUUCAGAAAGAUAUCGACAGACUGAAAGGAAAGCUGCAGGAAACGGAAGACCAGUUCAUUCAGUCAGAGCAUCGGAUUCACAAAUUAAAGAGUGCACUGGAUGACAAAGAGCGAGAGGUUAUUGCCUCCUCACAGAAGCUGCAGGAGAUUCUGUCUGCAUCCUCUGGAAUGGAGAAGACAGUCAAGCAGUUGGAUGAACAUAUUCAAAGACUUGAGAUUGAAAAUGCCAGAUUGGAAGCUACAGCCAAACAGCAGACAAAUAGAAUAGAGGUUCUACAAAAAGAAGUGCACGGGUCUGCUGCGGUGCAGAAUCGUUUAGAGGAUUUGGUUACAAAUUUACAAGGAGCCAAGAUCAAUUUAGAAGAGCAGCUUAAUCAAGAGGCUCAAAAACAAAGUAUGCUGUCGCAUAAUGCACAAGACUCUCAUCUCCUCUGGGAAGAAGAACUGAAGUCAAGAUCCAAACUAGGCCUUAGACUUGCUCAGCUAGAAAGGGAAAAGGUUGAAGUGACAAGUCAGAUGGAAACAGAAAAGAAAAAGACUAAAAAGAUAGCAGAGCUAAAGCGAUCUACAGAGGCAAGGCUUGACCAGGAGAUGAAGAGAAACAGUGAACUUCAAAAGGAAAUUAACAGGAUGAGAACACUUGUUAAAACCGCCAAGAAAAAGCAGAAGCAGCAAGAGACUGGAGAGUUUGCAUCCCAGCUCAGCAGCAUUCGGGGAGAACUGGAUAAUAGACACCUGGAAACAGGGACCACUAUUGCUAGAUUAAAGUCCAAGAUUGAUGAACUCUCCCAGCAAUUAGAAAAAGAAUCCUUACAAUCGACAAGGCUAGAAUCCACCAACAAUGAUUUGAGGGAACAACUGUCUUCAAUGAAAGCACUGCGCAAAAGCCAUGAGAAGCUGGAGAGGAGCAAGAGGCAACUUGAAGAGGAGGUGUCAAGAGUUCGUCGCCAUAUAGAAACAAAUAUGAUGGACCACAGCCAGAUAGAGCAAUGCAAACGAGAGGCCGAGGAAAGGGCUAGACAGGAGAUAAGGCAAAAACUCGAAGAAGUCAAUCUGUUUUUGCAGACCCAGGCAGCCUCUCAAGAAGCCUUAGAACAAAUAAAAGCCACCAAUGAAGCAACUUUAAGAAACCAGCUGGAGCAAAGAAUACGAGACCUUGAGGGAGAGCUGAGUAGAGCACGGAGCACACAGCAGAACAGCUUGAGCCAGCGGGACUCGACGCAGACCGAGCUGGAGAGAUACAAGGAGCUUUAUUCAGAAGAAUUCAAAUUACGCAAGUCCUUGGCAGCCAAGCUAGAUAGAUCGAAUGAGAGGCUGGCUGAAGCCAACACUAAGCUGCUGAAUGAGCGUCAGCGCAGCAAAUCAUUCAUAGCUAGCAGCAUUGUAAACGGGAGCCUGACUGCAAGUCCUGUCCUUGACGUGAAUCAGCUUCAGGGCAGCAUUGGAAACUUUGGUGGCACUCUGGGCCCCCUUCAUAGAAAUCUAGGGCUUGGAGGAAGUUUCCUGAACCCAGUGGGAGAUGGCACGUCUCCAAACAGCAGAGUGGAUGCUUACAUAGCAAAGAUGCAAAAUGAAUUGGAGAAAAACAUCACCAAGGAACUAGACCAUGCCACAGCCGAGCUGGAUGGUGGAUCUACGAGAAUGUCUCCUGUUGGAUCAGCUGCAGGCUCUCUAAAAACCCUAAACCUUGACCAGGAUCCUGUCACCAGAGCGACUCAGCAGUACUUAGAAGUCUUAAAGAAAAACUACAUGAUUUAAAUAGAAGAUUACGCAUGUUCCAUGUUUACAUUAAAUGUUAAUUCAAUGUGAAUAAUAUGUAAAACAAAUAUUGAAUGUAAAAACUAGAAAACAAAAUCAUUCAAUUUUCCAUUAUUUAUUUAUUGAUUUUUAUUGCUAGAAUAUUAAAUGAUGCACAUUGCACUUGUAUGCUCAGGAGGGAUACAGCAUUGUUUUUAAGUAUCUUCAUAUUUAGAGCCAUAUUUUCAUUAAAUCAGCAUUAUUGAUGUUUAAACCUGGAAUCCAACUGUUCCAGGCUACUCUAGGUAAUAAAUACCACAUCCUUCAAUA